AUGUGGAGCGACGGUCGCACGACAAAUAUUGCCUCGUGUGCGGCGGUCUUUACCAACUCUCACGACAUAUCCAGCGUCGAGGAAACGUACGAGCAGCAUCGAGGAAGUUACGAACAGGAAGGGCAUAACGAGGAGGGGGCCAAUCUCGGUGGUCGGGAGAAUCCCGGAACAGGCUCAUCUCUUGGAUUUGGUUUGGAAGAAAUAGGCAUACCAGGAAGAGAGUUCUUGCGGGAAGCUCUAACAAACUGUGGUGAUCCUUUGAAGGCCAUUGAAGAGUUUCAGAUGGAAAAUGGCAUUCUCCUUCCAUCUCUUCGGCCAAUGCUUCCUCUUCUUGACUUGCAUGGAUUGCGUAGAUAUGAAUUUCACCAAUCUGUGAUGGAGGAUUUGCGUGAGAAACUCUUGAGUCGUAUCUCUGAAGUUGGCCAACAGGAUACUCCUGAAAAAGAUGACAAGCUUCAUGAACUUCUCACAAAGAGUUUCCCUGUGAUCAAGAUCGAAGGACUUCGCCCUGUUGUAAUGACAAUCUUGAAGUACAUGAAUCAAGUGCCUCCCCAAUACCUCAAAGUCUUGGUGAACGACAAGGAGUUGUAUAAUGACUGUGAAAUUGAAGUAAAGAGGCAGAUCUGGCAAGAUAAUCAGUCUCUUUUUGGUGAUGAGGUUUCACCACUGUUGAGUCAGUAUAUUCGUGAGAAGGAGGAUGUUCUCUAUGACCAUGAGAAUCUCACAAACCUCUUCUUCAAUGCCUCACCAAAGGUCAGGAGACAAGGAAAAGUGGUUCAAAAGUUGACUGAGAUGAUUGGGAAAAAUAUUCGUCUUUAUGACAUGGUCCUCCAGUUCUUGAGAACCCUUUUUCUUCGAACAAGAAAUGUUCAUUAUUGCACACUGCGAGCUGAACUCUUGAUGGCCCUUCAUGAUCUUGAGAUACAAGAUAUAACAGCAAUUGACCCUUGCCACAAAUUCACUUGGUGCUUGGAUGCUUGUAUUCGAGAGAAGAAUGUUGAUCCAAAGCGAUCUCGAGAAUUGCAGUCAUUCCUUGAUGGCAUGCGGCAUGGCCAGGAAGAAGUACUGGGAGAUAUUGCCAUGGUCCUGUGUGAUCCAUAUUCCAUCCAUUUCUUGUGUACAUCUUCUCUGAAGAUUAUCCACCACUGUAUCAACAAUGAACAGCUACCUAGAGACAAUCUCAUUUUGAUUCUCCUCUUGAGAAUCUUGGCUAUUGGUCUUCAAGCUUGGGACAUGAUUGACAGUCAGAUGUUUCGUGAACCAAAACUAGAUGUCCACGUUGUCACAAAAUUUCUUCCAGCCCUCAUGUCCCUGAUUGUUGAUGAUCAAGUCAGAGCACUUAAUUCAAGGCUUCCUCCAGAUGAAAGAGAGUCUGCCAUUACCAUUAUUGAACACUCUGGUCCUGCACCAGAUGCUUAUGCUGCAUAUAUUCAAGACAAUGGAGUUUCAGCAGAGCUAGGCAUGUACUACACUUUGCAAGUGGCCAAACAAAAAGACAGAGUAGGCCUGAUGAAUACUCUUGGUGCUUUAUCUACUUCAGCUGCUGGAAGGGCAUAUGAAGAUACCUUCCUGCACUCUUUGGUUGCUCUCUUGAUCCCAAUGGCAGAAGAAUUUGCUGCAGAAGAUUUCUGUACUGCAGUGUUUGAUGAAUUCUUUUGUACCAACCUGGGGAAGGAAAAUGUAUGCCGGCAUCUCUUGAAAUUGGUGUGCAUAUAUGAUCUCUGCUUCAAACCAGAUGGAACUCAGCUUAUAGUUGCUGCAGGAAACAGGGUAUUGGUGUAUGAUGCCAGUGAUGGCUCUCUUCUUCAGCCCCUUAAAGGACACAAGGAUACUGUUGUUUGUGUCAGCUAUGCCAAGGAUGGAAAACGGUUUGCAUCUGGUAGUUUGGAUAAACAUGUGAUAAUCUGGACAUCCAAGUUGGAAGGGAUACUCAAGUAUUCGCACAAUGAUGCACUUCAAUGUCUGGCAUACAACCCAAUUUCUCAUCAGUUGGCAUCCUGUGCAUUGAGUGACUUUGGGCUCUGGUCCCCUGAGCAGAAGAAUGUCAGUAAAACAAAAGUUAAUAGUCGAAUCAAUGCCUGUGCAUGGACUAAUGAUGGUCAGUUUCUUGCACUUGGUCAUGGAAAUGGAGUUGUGUCCAUACGAAACAAGAUUGGAAAGGAACGUCCUAUAGGAUUUGAUCCGUGCUGCUUGAGCUUCUUCCCGCAUGGUGAAUAUAUCCUUGUUGGAGGAUCAAAUAAAGGCUGCCUCUUGUAUACAAAGGAAGGAAUCAAGCUGGGAGCAAUUGGUGAACAACAAUCAUGGGUCUGGUGUGCAAAAGCAAAGCCAGAUUCUAAUUUUGUUCUUGUGGGGUACCCAGCACCCCAACUUUGCCUUCUUGCCAAGCUCAGCCAGAUGAUGAAGGAUAGUUGUAUGGGAGACACCCAGCAAGUCCGCAAGCUCUCGCGAUGUUUGCCGGUUGUUGGCCUCCAGUGCCUCCUGCAAGGCAGAGUUAUCAAACUCCGAAGGACGACCGGUGCGUGGCUGGUCUUCCAGGCUUUCAUUUCCUUUCUGGAAGCGACUGUACCAAUCAUAGGCAGUGCUCUUGGACACAGUGUCCGGGCCAAACGCGGUAUUGAUGUCAGCGAUGGAAUUGGCUGCCUUCUUCUCGAUUCGGAAGUCAUAAAGAAGAAGCAGGCGAACUUGCUCCUUAGUAAGAGGGAGAGACGACUGCAAUGCCUAUUGCUGUCUGGAGCCAAAGAGCGAGAAUGGCAGUUGGACUCUCCCAUCAGGUACAUCAAAGUCAUUGGAGGUCCUCCAGGGAAAGAAGGUCUCUUGCUGGGCCUCAAAAGUGGACAGGUGCUGAAGAUUUUCGUGGACAACCAAUUUCCUGUUCCUCUACUCAAGGCACCCUCAUCUGUGCGUUGUUUGGACCUGAGCAUGUCACGAAAAAAACUGGCCCUGGUAGAUGAUAAUAACAAGUGUCUUGUGUAUAACAUUGAUACCAAAGAACUGCUUUUUCAGGAGCCAUCUGCAAACAGUGUUGCUUGGAAUUCUCAAUGUGAAGAUCUCCUUUGUUUCUCAGGAAAUAAUCAACUGACUAUCAAAGCAUGUGAUUACCCUGGACAUACACAGAAGCUGAAUGGGUUUGUUGUGGGAUUCGCAGGAUCUCGAAUCUUCUGCCUUCAUGUUUACAACAUGGAGACCAUGGAGAUUCCGCUUUCUGCUGCUUUGUAUCAAUUCAUUGAAAGGAAGCAUUUUGAGAAGGCAUAUGAAGUAGCUUGUCUUGGCAUCACUGAGGGAGAUUGGCAUACUUUGGCUCAUGCAGCACUUGAAGGCUUGCAUAUUCCCAUUGCAAAGAAGAGCUUCACUCACAUUAGAGACCUCAUCUAUCUUGAUCUCAUCUCUUCAAUUGAGAAUGAGUAUAGACCUACAUCAGGGAAGAGAGGUGAAACACCUUUGAAGGGAAGUGACACCUUUCUAGCUCAAGUAUUAGCCUAUAAAGGCAAAUUUGCUGAUGCAGCAAAGCUUUUCAAAAAAGCUAGUCAGGAGCAGAAAGCUUUGGAGAUGUACACAGACCUUCGAAUGUUCGACUUGGCUCAAGAAUAUGUUGGUUCUGGUGAAGGAAUUGAUCAGAGGCAGUUGAUCAAGAAGAAAGCAGAGUGGGCCAAGAAUAUAAAUGAACCCAGGGCUGCUGCUGAGAUGUAUCUGAGUGCAGGAGAGACUCUCAAAGCCAUUGAAAUCAUAGGAGAGCAUGGCUGGGUGGACAUGCUAGUGGAAGUUGGACGAAAGCUGGACAAAGCUGACAGUGAGGGCAUGAAGGCUUGUGCUGGUCACCUUCAAAGAUUGGGCCAAUUGACGUAUGCCAGUGACCUGUACCAACGACUUGGGGACACAAAAUCUGUUGUCAUGCUCUAUGUGGAAGCUGGGGACUGGGAGGAAGCCUUUGUCUUGGCUGAGAAGCAUCCAGAAUUUCGGCAGGAGGUCUAUAUGCCUUAUGCCAAGUGGUUGGCUGAGAGUGACCGAUUUGUGGAAGCACAGCAAGCAUUUCACAAGGCUGGGCGACCAGAUGAAGCAUUUCGUGUCCUUGAACAACUCACCCAUAAUGCAGUCAAUGAGAACAGGUUCUGUGAUGCUGGGUACUAUUACUGGGUACUUUCAAUGCAGUGCUUGGAUCUUGCCAAGGAUGACACUGGGAAUCAGGAAAGCCUGUUGCAGCAGUUUGCUGAGCACCAAAAGAAGGCUGACAUGUACUAUACUUACCAUGUCAUUCAGAGAUACACAGAUGAACCAUUCACCUCCUUCACUUCAGAGCAAUUGUUCAACAUAGCUAGAUUUCUUGUCCAUGAACUUCUUCACAUGCAACCUAAAGGAAUCUCAAAGUUUGCUGCACUUUAUGCUUUGGCAAGGCAAGCCAGAACCUUGGGAGCAUUUAAGACAGCUCGGUAUGCUCUGGACAAACUUCAGGGAGUGCUAAUUCCUCGCAGUUAUCAAGAAGCAGUUGACCUUGCCUCAUUGGCCAUCAGGUGCAAGCCAUAUCAAGACAAUGAAGACCUACUGCCUCUUUGUUACCGUUGUUCCACUACAAAUCCACUUAUCAACAUCAGGGGGAACUGUUGUGUGAAUUGUGCCCAGCCAUUCCUACAUUCCUUUUCUCAUUUUGAAGUUUUGCCACUGGUGGAAUUUGUGCUGGAAGAUGGGAUAACUGAUGAGGAAGCUCAACGUCUCAUUGAAGCUGCUCCUAAUUCUUCUUCUUCUCGAGAGAAUUGGCGUGAAAGUAAGAGUGAGGGCACACAGAUGCUACGCCUUGAUGAACCAGAAAUAGAGAUGCCUGCAUCAGAGGAUCCUUUCACUGCCCGUCUCCUGGCUUUCGAGGAGGGAGGAGGGGAGUAUAACCCAGUGGUUGUCAAUCGAGCCACACUUAGAAGCAUGGAACCUCAUGAUGUCCUCAUCUGCUGCUGGCCAACUCCUCUCAAGUAUCACUAUUACCGAAACCUCAUACCUGACAUGUCCAUCACCAAAUGUGACUCUUGCAACAAGUUCUACCUGACAGAAGACUGGGAAUUGAGCGUUUUGCAGGAUGGUCACUGCCCCUUCUGCAGAAAGGCACAUUCCACUGGGAACAAUGAACAGGCAGAAUGAGCUGAUGCACUUUUCUCAUAAUACCCAAAGCCUCUGAUCUCACCAGAAAGUGCAAGUACAAGGCCAUCCCAUCUACUUCAUACCGUCCAGCUGUCUGUGAUUGAAUGUAUUUUUAUGCACUAUUUUCCUCCUCCAUUGAGCUAUAUAGCCCAGGACAUGAAUGUGAUAGGGUGUUAUCCUUUUGCCAUGCUAUGCCAUUAUAAUUUAACUUUAUUUGCCUUAUAUGUGACAUGUCAUUAGAUUUCUGUCCAUCUGUUGGUAAAGUUUAUUUCAUGCAUCCAAGGACUGUUUCAGUCUUGCUAGUCUAAGAUUCCAUUGUUUUUGCAACACAGGGACAUUUGACACAUCAUUAGCAAAAAGGCAUCAAGAUUAGAUCUUUGUGUAGGAUAAAUUGCUCACUAAUUGUGAAUUGGGAAAUUGUAAAUUAUGGGAUGCAGUCAUUGCAUCUGAGGGGUGUUAACAUUUAGUCUACAAAUUCUUGGUGAUUUCUCCCAUGAUUUUGCAUGCCUUCUUUUACCUGUGGUUUUACAUAUAUGUACACACCUGUUUCUUGGCAUCAGGGCAAUUUCUGAUGAGAUUAGUAUUUUUUUUGCUAAGUCUACAUUCACUGGCCACAAAGACAUUGAUACAAUGGAGUGAAACAAUCUCUAUGUUUUACCCAAGCACAUAGCAGUUUGUCAAGAAACUGAUUAGAAUCUCAAGGGC